CCCUUAGCUCUUCCUUUCAGCAGCCAGGUCUAACAACCGCUAGUGCUGAAGCGACCCCAGUCCCUUUAGGAUGGCCUCGCUGCCCAUGGAACUGGAUCACCCGAGUGGACGCCCAGCUCCCCAGCAAUUCGACUCUGAGCCGUUUCCAAGUACCCUGGGCUUAGUUACUGUGAGGUGGAAGAGGGAAGGCCCCUGGGAGCGCCAGUUCUGUUUGGCUCGGGAGACCUGCUUCGCCGGGGGAGGCCGCGCCCUGGGGGCGGGAGCAACCGGGCGGUUGGCCGGCGCUGCUCCGGGGUGCCGGGGAGGGGCGAGGGUCUCCGUCCCGCCUCCAUUCGGGCGGAGCCACGGCGUGGGACCAGAGUGAACCGCCGCAGGCCUAGAACACCAUGAAGCAGCUGCCAGUUUUGGAGCCUGGAGACAAGCCCAGGAAAGCAACUUGGUAUACCUUGGCCCCUUCUGGAGACAAUCCCUGUGCUCGGGUUGGCCACAGCUGUUCCUAUCUACCCCCAGUAGGUGAUGCUACGAGAGGGAAGGUUUUCAUUGUUGGGGGAGCAGAUCCAAACAGGAGCUUCUCAGAUGUGCAUGCCAUGGAUCUGGAGACACACCAGUGGGAGUUAGCCACUUCAGAGGGCCUCUUGCCUCGCUAUGAGCAUGCAAGCUUCAUUCCCGCCUGCACACCUGACAGCAUCUGGGUAUUUGGAGGUGCCGACCAGUCAGGAAAUCGUAACUGCCUGCAAGUUCUGAAUGCUGAAACCAGGACUUGGACCAUGCCUGAAGUAAUCAGCCCCCCACCAUCCCCAAGAACAUUCCACACAUCGUCAGCAGCCAUUGGAAACCAGCUGUAUGUCUUUGGGGGCGGAGAGAGAGGAGCUCAGCCUGUGCAGGAUGUGAAGCUGCAUGUGUUUGAUGCAGAUACCCUGGCCUGGUCACAGCCAGAGACACUUGGAGAACCUCCCUCUGCCCGGCAUGGUCAUGUAAUGGUGGCAGCAGGGACAAAGCUCUUCAUCCAUGGAGGCCUGUCAGGGGAUAAAUUCUAUGAUGAUCUCCAUUGCAUUGACACAUGUGACAUGAAGUGGCAGAAGCUAAAUCCCACGGGGACAGCUCCCAUAGCCUGUGCUGCCCACUCAGCUGUGACCGUGGGGAAACACAUGUACAUUUUUGGAGGCAUGACGCCCACAGGAGCACUGGAUACAAUGUACCAGUAUCACAUAGAAAAGCAGCAUUGGAUCUUGGUUAAAUUUGAUACUUUUCUACCUGCUGGGCGAUUGGACCAUUCCAUGUGUAUCAUCCCAUGGCCAGUGAUGUCUUCUGAGAAAGAAGAUUCUGUCUGUCUAAACUGUCAUGCUGAGGAAAGGAAUUCCACUGACAAAGAACUGAGCCAAUGUGAUGACUCACAUGAAGACAAUCAGACUGACACACUGCUCUGCUUUGUGUUUGGUGGGAUGAAUACAGAAGGGGAAAUCUAUAAUGACUGUAUUGUGACUCUGGUUGACUAAUAAAACUCACAUUUUGUUACUUUCA